AUGCUGUGCCCCUCGCUCAUCUUGACUCUGCUCCUGGCAGUUGGCUCCCUGGGUCGGAGGGCUCAGAGGCCGCCUCGGCCGUCCCCCAUCAGCACCAUCCAGCCCAAGGCCAAUUUAGAUGUUCAGCAGUUUGCAGGGAUGUGGCUCCUUGUGGCCACGGGCUCCACCUGACACUUCUUGCAGGAGCAGAGCCACCAGGCCAAGGUCACGGCAAUGCAUGUAGCUCCCCAGGGUGCAGCCAUGGCUGUCAGUACCUUCUGCAAGCUGGAUGGGAUCUGCUGGGAGGUGCGCCAGCUCUAUGGAGACACGGGGGUCCCUGGCCGCUUCCUGCUCCAAGCCCGAGGCGCCAAAAGGGCUGUGCACGUGGUUGUCACUGAGACAGACUACCUGGGCUUUGCUAUCCUAUACCUGGAGCAGGCACAGCAGCUGUCAGUGAAGCUCUAUGCCCAUCCACUCCCUGUGAGCGAUUUAGUCCCGAGUGCGUUUGAGCAGCACGUGGGGGUCAACCUGACUGAGGACCAGGUCUUAGUCUUCCCCAAGCACAGUUUCUGCAAGGCGGCAGAGCGGUUCCACGUCCCGGACGGUGAGUGCGCAGCAGGCAGGGCGGUGGGCCUGCUGAGUGUCCUCUUGGUGCUGCAGAGGCGAGGCGGCAAGGCCACCACAGCCCUGUUGCUGGGAAGCCGCGCCCUCGAUAAGACCCCGCUGGCAGGGCGCGGCCCACGGAAGCUGCCCGCCACUCGGGAGCUCAGUCGGCUGGGGGGUGGGGGCGAUGCCUCUCAUUAA